AGCCAGCCAACGAACGAAGGGGCGCUGCGACGUGCAGCACCACACUGCUGCACAUUGUAGAUGACAACGGCGAGCACGCAGGCGCAGUUACGAUCGGCGAGCGGUCCGCUCGCGCGUAACGGCAUGUCAGGGCAAGCAGUGGACGGUGGGUAAGCGGCGGAUGGCGGGCGAGCAUAGUAGCGAGGGCGAACACGAGCGAACGCCUUGCGUGAAAACACAGCCAGCGAGUAGACCGCGGGCGACGUGGCGUGUUCUUAGCCUGCUCCUCACCUCAUUCGUCCCCCGCCUUCGGCCUUGCCCGUUGCGGGCGAGCGCACGACUGGCUGAGCUGCAUACUCCUCCGACCUCGAGCAUCGCGGAAAUCUCGGCGAACUACAAGACCACCUUGACCGCGUGGAGCGUGCUGCUCGAGCCGGUCGUCACUAAAGUGCGGCGGCUCGCGCAAGCCGUUCGUCACCUCGCCAACCCGCUAGUCUCCUCAGGUCUCCCCGAUCCCAACCGUGGGCCUCAUGCGAGGCAGCCACGCCCAAACUUCGUGCAGGCCGCGUCGUCUCCCGCCAAAGCGGGCCGGGGCUGUGCUCGCCCCGCAGCCUUGCCACAUGAGUGAGUCGGGCUUCGUCGCACUGAUAGCCUUCGAGUCAGCGACCCUCCCUGGACUAUCAAGCACCUCUCCUCGCGGCCACAGCCAGUACUGUUCCCGUACC